UAUUAUUAUAUUAUUACUAUUUGUCGUAUAGACAGAGUAUAGACCAUAAACUUUAAAUUUUACACUACACAGCCAGUACCCACUUGUCUUCUCACUAUCCACUAUCCGGUAUCCACAGACCAGAGACUAUUUGAAACAGUUGGAACUACUACUGCCUUACAAAUUGUGUAUACUAGUUUGGCUGUGAUUUCAUAUUAUACACACGUCUCAUUCAUAUUUUGUAGUGGUAAUCGGUUCGAAGUCGCAUUUUCGUUUAUUCGUUUAAUUUUCAUCUUUUUCCUUUCAUUGAUUGUCGUAUUUGAAAGUGACGACAAACAAAGUCCAGACGUAUAGUUACUUUCGCCACUGGACUUUUCUCUCCAGUUUUUAGAUUAUGACCGACGAAAAAUUACCGCCCAUGAUGGCCACAGACGAUCCAGUCGAUGAUGAGGACGACGAUAUCUUCAGUUCAACAAUAGACGAUCUUAGCAGUCUGCGCAAUGAAGAGCUUUUUGUGUCAUCAUCAACAGUUCUUCCACCGUUGACCAAUAUCAAUUUAAACGAAGAAUCAUCCACGCUGCUUGAAUCAGAUGUACCGCUAAUCAAUGAUCAUAAAGAGGUGGAACAGUUGCCUAGUAAAGUAAUUUCUAAUGGAUUUGAAGAAGAAAUUAAUUUAAAAGAAAACGAUACUCCUUCAGUUACUGAAAAAAAUAAUCAAGUGGAUGAUAUGCCAAAUGUGUCUAAUAAUGAUAUAAACUUUGAAAAUAUUGAAAACGGUUUUAUUAAAAUAUCUAUAUCUGAGACUACUAAGGUUGGCGAAGGCAUGAGCUCCUAUGUUGCAUAUAGAAUUGUCACCCGUACAAAUAUGACUAUGUUUAAAACAAAUAAUAUGGCAGUACUUAGAAGGUUUAGUGAUUUUCUAGGAUUACAUAAUAAACUAACUGAAAAAUAUUUAAGAAAUGGGCGUCUCAUACCCCCUGCUCCUCAAAAAAAUAUGUUAGGUUCAACCAGAAUUAAAAUAUCUGGAAAUCAAUCAGAUCAAGCAACAUCAGCAGAAUUCAUUGAAAAAAGACGUUUGGCGUUAGAAAGAUUCUUAAAAAGGAUUGCUCUACACCCAAUUCUUCGCAAUGAUAAAUGCUUCUGUGAUUUCCUAGAACAAGACUGUGAACUUCCAAAAGCGACUAGUACAUCUGCAUUAAGUGGUGCUGGUGUUAUGAGACUUUUUAAUAAAGUUGGAGAAACCGUUAACAAAAUAACUUAUAAAAUGGAUGAAAAUGAACCCUGGUUUGAAGAAAAAGAAGUACAAAUAGAGAAUUUGGAUUUGCAACUUCGUAAUUUACAUGGUGCUGUUGAAUCAUUAGUGAUAAAUCGUAAAGAAUUAGCUCAUUCAAGUGGAUCAUUCGCAAAAUCUGCUGCAGUAUUGAGUAAUUGUGAAGAACAUACUGGAUUAUCACGUGCUUUAUCACAACUUGCCGAUGUAUUUGAAAAGGUUGAAUCGGUAAGAACUGAACAAGCUAAUACAGAUUUCUCUAUUUUUUGUGAACUAUUAAAGGAUUAUAUUGGCCUUAUUGGAGCUGUAAAAAAUGUAUUUCAUGAACGAGUUAAAGUUUACCAAAAUAUGCAACAUGCACAAAUGAUAUUAACAAAAAAACGAGAACAAAAAACCAAGUUUGAACUUACUGGACGUUUGGACAAAGUAGGCUCAGUUACAAAUGAAGUGUCCGAGUGGGAAGCAAAAUUAUCCAGAUGUCAAGAUGAAUUUGAUCAGAUUUCUAAAACCAUUAAAGUAGAAUUUGAACAGUUUGAGAUAAACCGAAUCAAAGAAUUUAAGACAGUUAUAUCAUCAUAUCUUGAAGAAAUGAUUAACCAUCAAACUCUGAUUAUUAAACAUUGGCAAGCGUUUAUUCCUGAAGCUAAAGCCAUAGCUUGACCCAAUUCUAAUAACAAAUGUGAUUUGGCUUCUAACAAACGUAAAGAACCAAUUCAUAUUUUAGAAUUUGCUGGAAAUAUAUUGGAAGCAUAUACAGAGUCAUAAAUUUAAUAUUCUAAUUUAUUUAUUUAUGCGUUUAUCAUAAUUUUUAAAGUUCAUUAUUUAUCCCAAAAUACUCAUGUAUUUCUCCAUUAUUAUUAUUAUUAUUUUUAAAUAUUCUAUUAUAUUAAUUUAUCUUUAUUUUUAUAUUAUCAAUGCAUAUGCAUAAAUACAUAUAUAAUAUAUAAAUAUAAUACAUAACAUGUAUAUUUAUAUUAAAAUAAUAAUUAUUGAUGUUUACCUAUUUGCUAUAAAUUAUUAUAAAACCAAUUGUCUUUAUUAUAUUGUUGUUAAUGGUACAUUUCACGAUCUUGUGUAAUCACCUAAUAUAAAUUACGAAAACAAAUAAGUUGAU